AUGGUCAAGGACAUCGCCCCCAAGGCUGGUUUGCCGGCCGAUUUCCUGUGGGGAUUUGCCACGGCAGCAUAUCAGAUUGAAGGAGCCACGAAAGCGGACGGCCGGGGCCCUUCAAUAUGGGACACGUUUUGCGAGAAGCCAGAUAAGAUUGCCGACGGCAGCAACGGCGAUGUAGCCUGUGACUCGUACUACCGCACGGCACAGGACAUUGAGCUGCUGCAGAAAACGGGCGCCAAAGCGUAUCGGUUUUCCAUCUCAUGGCCUCGCAUUAUCCCGCUCGGCGGACGCAACGACCCGGUCAACCAGGCGGGGAUUGACCACUAUGUCAAGUUUGUGGACGAUUUACUGGAAGCCGGCAUUGUGCCCUUUGUCACACUGUACCACUGGGACCUCCCCGACGAGCUGGACAAGCGGUACGGCGGGUUCUUGAACAAAGACGAAUUCGUGGCCGACUUCGCCAACUAUGCUCGCGUCGUCUUCGCCGCCUUGGGGUCCCGGGUCAAACACUGGAUCACGUUCAACGAACCGUUCUGCAGUUCCAUUCUGUCGUAUCACAUGGGUGUACAUGCCCCCGGGCGCACGAGUGAUCGCACAAAGAGCCCCGUUGGAGACUCAACCACUGAGCCGUGGAUCGUGGGCCACAGUAUUCUCCUCGCUCAUGCCACGGCGGUUAAGAUCUAUCGCGAGCAGUUUAAGCCGCAAUAUGGUGGGGAGAUUGGAAUUACAUUGAACGGAGACUGGACCGAACCAUGGGACCCGGAAGACGAACAAGACCGCAUCGCGUGCGACCGCAAGAUCGAGUUCGCCAUCUGCUGGUUCGCGGACCCCGUCUACUUCGGCCAUUACCCAGAAUCCAUGGUCAAACAGCUCGGCGACCGACUGCCCAAGUUCACCGAGGAAGAAAGCAAACUGAUGGCCGGGUCCAACGACUUCUACGGCAUGAACCACUACUGCGCCAAUUACAUCCGUCACCACGACACCCCCGCGGACGCGUUCGACUUUUCAGGCAAUGUCGACGUGUUGAUGGAAGACAAGUACGGCAACCCGAUUGGACCCGAAACCCAGAGUUUCUGGCUGAGGCCGCAUGCUCCGGGAUUCCGCAAACUGAUGAAAUGGUUGAGCGACCGCUAUGGCCGGCCCAAGAUCUAUGUGACCGAAAAUGGAACCAGCAUCAAGGGCGAGAACGAUCUUUCAAAGGACGAGAUCCUGCAGGACGAUUUCCGCCUCGACUAUUUCCGCGACUAUGUCCAGGCCAUGGCGGAGGCUGUCGCCGAGGACGGCUGCGAUUGUCGUGGUUAUAUGGCCUGGAGUUUGAUGGAUAAUUUCGAAUGGGCCGAGGGCUACGAAACCCGCUUCGGCGCUACGUACGUCGACUACACGAAUGGGCAGCAGCGGUAUCCCAAGAAGAGCGCCCUUGAGAUGAAGAACAUUUUCGACUCGUAUAUUGGCAAGGUGUAG